AUGGUAAGAAAUGACAUUCAAUGGAUAUCUUAUUAUGUUAACAUGGAAAAUAUGCUUUAUGUUGGACUCAAACAACUUCGCCGAAUCGAUAACGACAAAUUUAUGUCUAAUCAACGUUAUCGAUCAUUAUUUAAACGUCCAAAACAACAUAUCUGCUUUAUGAAUAAUAAUUCUUAUACAACAAUAUCAAGGAUGGAUGAAGAUCAAGAUGAAACAACGAAUAGUACAAAAACAUGGUCUAAUAUAACAAUAUUAGAUAAAGAUAAUAUUGAUGAUGAAUUUACUAUUAAAGAUAAUAACUUUAAUAAUAAUAACAAUUAUUCAACUGAAAAAUUAAAUCAAAAACUAAAAACAAUUAUUAAUGAAUUUCCAAUCGAAAGUAAACUUAAAUUUUUUCUUUAUAUCAUCGUUCUAUUAUGGAUUCUUAUGAUUCUAUGGUCACUUAUUAAUACUAUCAUACUUGAAGAUAUUGAUGAAACAAUGUCAUUUGUACUGUAA